GGCCACCUCGAAGUGGUUAAGUUCCUGGCGGAUAGGGGCGCCGAUAUUAUAGUGGCUAACAACGAUAGAAAGAAGCCUGUAUUUUCUGCCGCUUUUAAUAGCCACCUCGAGGUGGUCAAGUUCCUAGCGGACAAGGGCGCUAACAUCAUGGUGGCCGACAACUAUGGAUGGACGCCACUAUUUAUUGCCGCUCUUAAAGGCCACCCCGAAGUGGUCAAGUUGCUAGCGGCCGAGGGCGCCGACAUUAUGGCGGCCGACAAGGAUGGAUGGACGCCACUGUUUGCUGCCGCUAUCAACGGCCACCUCGAAGUGGUUAAGUUUCUGGCGGACAAGGGCGCCGACAUCACGGUGGCUAGUAAUAAUGGA